ACUCCUAUGAUCUCUUUGCUGUUCUUCUGAUAAUUUUUGAAAUUUGAAUCUCUUCUUCUUUUGUUUGUUUCUCGAAAUGGAUUGAAUUCCUUAGUCAAAUUCACCAAAACUUGAUACUAGAUGAUUCCAAGUGACAAACUUUGAAAUGGCCAGCCUGCAUCUUUGUUAUUUAAUGAUUUUCUUCUCAGUUCUUGGUUCUGUACUUGUAGCAUCUCUAGAAGAUACUUUAUCUGACUCAGACACUCUUCUCAGAAUAAAAUCAGAACUUGAAGAUCCAGUUGGAGUUCUUGAAAAUUGGACUCCAGGGACUAACUUCUGCAACUGGAAUGGGGUGGCAUGCUCAAACGAUCAAGUUAAUAUCGUCAGUCUGAAUCUUUCAGGUUCAGGACUAAUAGGUUCAGUAUCUCCUCAACUGUCACAGCUCAGCUCUCUCCAAAUUCUCGACUUGUCGAUGAAUUCUCUAACUGGAAUGGUCCCACCUGAUCUUGGUAAGCUUCAAGAGCUAAGGCAAUUGCUGCUUUUCGCUAACUCUUUCUCUGGGAUAAUUCCUGCAGAGAUUGGUCUUCUGAAGAAGUUGCAAGUUAUGAGAAUAGGAGAUAACUUGUUAACUGGCCAAGUUAUACCUGAAAUCGGUAACUUGACUGAACUGAGAGUUCUGGGACUUGCAUAUUGCCAGUUCAAUGGAAGCAUACCAAAAGAAAUUGGAAACUUGAAGCAUUUGAAAGCUCUUGAUUUGCAGGAGAACGAUCUUGAUGGUCCCAUUCCACCCGAGAUCGGUAGCUGUACUGACCUUCAGGACUUUGCAGCAUCAAACAACAGACUUGAAGGAAAAAUUCCUGCUUCAAUUGGAAGCCUUGAGUCACUUGAAAUCCUCAACUUAGCCAACAACAGCCUCUCUGGGGGAAUUCCGACCAAGUUUGGGUCCAAGUUGCAGUACCUGAACUUGCACGGGAAUGAAUUGGAUGGCCAAAUCCCGGUAGAGCUUAACCAAUUAAGCCAGCUUGAGGUGCUUGACCUAUCAGAAAAUAAGCUUUCAGGGCUCAUUAAUCUAUCCAAUUCUCAGCUGAAAAAUCUUCAGGCUUUAGCUCUAUCUGAUAAUUUUUUGACUGGUGGCAUUCCUGGAAGUCUCUGCAUUCCUGAUUCCAAAUUUCAACAGCUUUUUCUGGCUCGAAAUAAUUUAUCUGGUAGCUUUCCCAUGCAGAUACUGAAUUGCUCGUCCCUUCAACAAUUGGAUCUAUCGGGUAACAACUUUCAGGGAUCAUUACCUUCCAGCCUUGAAAGAUUAGAGAAAUUGACAGAUCUUCUGCUCAACAAUAACAGCUUUAGUGGAACUCUGUCUCCAGAGAUUGGAAACAUGAGCAACUUAGUUUCUUUUUAUCUGUUUGACAACAUGAUUACAGGAGCAAUCCCUCUUGAAAUAGGAAAGCUUCAGAGCUUGAGCAUUAUCUAUCUGUAUGACAACCAGAUGUCAGGAAGCAUUCCGAUGGAGCUAACAAACUGCAGCAGCUUAAUUGAGAUUGAUUUCUCUGGAAACCGUUUCUCAGGUUCAAUUCCUGCAACAAUUGGAAGGCUAAAGAAUCUGUCUUUUCUACUGCUGAGGCAGAAUGACUUGUCAGGUUCAAUACCACCAAGCCUAGGCUACUGCCAAAAGCUUCAAAAGUUGACCUUGGCUGACAACAAACUAUCCGGAACAUUGCCACCAACAUUCAGAUUCCUUUCCCAGCUGAUCAUGUUAAGCCUUUACAAUAACUCAUUUGAAGGUCCACUUCCAGAAUCUCUUUCCCUUCUGAAAAACCUCGGGAUUGUAAAUCUUUCUCACAAUAGAUUUAGUGGAACCCUUUCUCCCUUGUCAGGUUCAAAUUCUUUGACACUUCUAGACUUGACAAAUAACAGUUUCUCAGGCCUAAUUCCUUCUACUUUAGCCAUGUCUAAAAACCUGACUCGUCUCCGACUUGCAAAUAAUAUUCUCACUGGUAGCAUUCCUCCUCAUUUAGGCCAGCUCAAGGAGCUCUACUUCCUUGAUUUGUCUUCCAAUAAUCUUUCAGGAGAGCUGGCACUUGAGCUUUCCGGUUUGAAAAAGCUUAAACACCUUCUCCUUAACAACAAUUCCUUUUCAGGAACAGUUCCUACAUGGUUAGGGAGUAUGGAAGACCUUGGGGAACUAGAUCUCUCAUUCAAUAAGUUCAAUGGAACAGUGCCAGUAGAGCUUGGCAACUGUUCAAGCUUACUUAAACUCUCUCUCGGCAGCAAUACCCUUUCUGGAACAAUCCCAUCUGACAUUGGCAAUCUUACGUCUCUGAAUGUCCUGAAUCUUCAAAGUAACAAUCUUUCUGGUCCCAUUCCACCAACCAUCCAACAAUGCAAGAAACUCUAUGAGCUCAGGCUUUCUGAGAACAACUUAACCGGCUCGAUACCAUCAGAGAUUGGCACCCUAACUGAACUACAAGUCAUUUUAGACCUGAGCAAGAAUUCCCUUUCUGGUGAAAUCCCUCCAUCUCUUGGAAAUCUCGUGAAGUUAGAAAGACUAAACCUCUCUCUCAAUCAACUAGAAGGAAAAGUUCCAUCGUCACUUGGCCAACUCUCAAGUCUUCACAGGCUAAACUUCUCAAAUAAUAACCUCCAAGGGGAACUUCCAUCAACUUUUUCAGGAUUCCCACUAAGUUCUUUCUUAGGCAAUGAUAAGCUAUGUGGCCCACCGCUAGUAUCAUGUCUGGAAUCUGCACGACAUGGGAAGAAAGAGCUGUCAAAUACUGCAGUGGUUGGAAUCAUAGUGGCCAUCGUCUUCACAUCAACGCUCAUUUGCUUGGCUUUGCUUUAUAUCAUGCUAAGAAUCUGGAGCAACUGGAGAGAAGUUUCAAUUUCUUGCUCAGAAACUAGUGGACUUGAAUACAAAAAGGGAGAGGAAGAAUGGGUGUAUGGGGAAGAAAUAAAGAGUACUGAAGACUACUGGGAAGAGAACACUUCGCCUCUUGGUGCCUUCACUAAACAAGCAGAUUUCUCCUGUUAACAUUCAUUUUCUAUCUGAAAUUGAGUUUAUCACAAAUCAGAAAAGAGUCCCUUUUUUGUUCUACAUCUUAUUCAUCUAAAAUUUUUCACACCGUUGUGUUUUGUAAAAUUUCUUCAUUAGUUUUGUUCUUAUUUUCUUUCAUGCUGUACAUGAGUCCUGAGAUGCUUUGAUUUCAGAAACGGAAUGUUAAUUCAA